AUGAACGACCGAGGUGCAGGCCAGCACACAGUCCAAUCUUCGGAUACUGAUCUAAGAACCCAUGCAUCGCAGGCGCUAGGUGAGAUUGAUGAUGUCAAUGCUGAUACUGAUAUUCGAAAGUCCCACAUUGCGGAGAAAGACCAAGGAAAAUCACUUGGACCUGGUGACACAAGCAAAGAACCUCUUCCAAACGGUGUCAGCACAAACGGAGCGAUCGAGAAAUUCUCUGAUACGCAACAAAUUAGUUUGACUAAGGUAUCCAGUACAACAGCGGGAGCUAAAGCGGAUGACACUCAAGAGAAGAGUACCGAACUAUUCAGUGGCAUAGACCAAAGAGAUCAAAAACCAAAGAUAGAAAAGCCUGAAGAACCAGCUGCAACUGAGGAAGCUCGAGCCAAGACUGUCGUGAAUAGUUGGAAUGAUGAAGAAGACAAAUGGGAGGAUAGAGCAUAUGUGGUAGAAGGUAGUGAAAAUCGUCGUCUCCAUGCUGUAAUCUUUCGUCAACAGAUGGACAUCGACAACAACAAAAAGCUUUCAUAUAAGGAAAUCGAAGUCCACUCACAGAAUCUACUAGUACUUCUGAAGAAGAUUUUGCAUGUGUGGAAAGACAUAUCAACAGAGUUUGAUCAGCCAGCAAUUGUGCUAUCACCUUUUCACAACUUUGUGUGUCACUGGAAGGAUUAUGAAGAUGCUACAAAAGAUGCUGAGGGUGACACCGAGUCAGAUAAGUUGGCGAAAUCCGAUCUCGAGACGGUUCUUGAUCUCAUCAAGAAAUCUUCAGUUCUCAAAUCUUAUCUUCGAUCAAGGGACAUCAUGCGUGUGUGUGAGACAAUUAUGUACGAGUUCGUAUGGACACUAUUUGGCCACGGCACGAGAGUGGUCGCACGAUCUUUCCUGAACGAGCUACAGAUGUUCCAGGUCAAAGACUACGCAGAGUCUCCAGAUGGCGAGAAACGCAUCGACAACCUGACAGUAUAUCCAGCGAAGUACUAUGGAACAGGUGAUGCGUAUGGCAAGCUUCAAGAGUCAUCAAGGAACCGUGGAAAGACAGCCUCGAGCUUUCGGAACGUAAAUUCAGACGACUCUGGUACCGACCAAGUAAUUUUCGAUAUAAUUGAAGGAAAAGGGCAUGGACUGGUUAUUUUACUCCACGGUCCACCUGGAGUGGGAAAGACCCUGACUGCUGAAACGAUCGCUCUAGAAAUAGGGCGACCACUACUAACGAUCUCGGUGACCGAGAUUGGCGUGGACUAUCGCAUCGUCGAGCACAAUCUGACCAAUGUCUUUGUAGAUGCUGCACGUUGGGAGGCAGUUUUGCUGAUGGAAGAAGUGGAGGUUUUUGUUGAACAACGAGGUGGUCAGGAUAUGGACCAAAAUGCUCUUGUGUCGGUGAUGCUGCGCUGCCUGGAGUACUUCAAGGGCAUCGUUAUCAUGACUACAAACCGAGUCAAGUCAAUUGAUGUUGCGAUCCAGUCACGUGUACAAUUGGCCAUACGGUAUCAGGACCUCAACCCGACCCAGAUGCUCAAGAUAUAUCAGGGUCGGUUGAUGCGCAUCUCCGCGGAGGAGAUUGAGGACAUGACUGAACUAAUGAAAAGUCUGGAAAAGUCGCCUUUGAUCAAGCUUAGAUCGUCUGAGGUACCACCAAACGGGCGGCAGAUCCGCAACAUUGUCACACAUGCAUGGGCAUUGGCAAAGAGCGAGGAGGAGAAACUGAACAUUCAGCAUCUACAGAGUGUUGCCAAUAUGACGUUGGAUUUUACAGAAAGCAUGAAAGACUUGACGAUGAGGCAAAGAGAUAUGAGUGAGGUAGACAGGUGA